GUUGAUGCGUUCACAUUCCUCACGUUCAAAAAAUGGCGGUGGUAGAAAUCUACGCUCAUCCCGUUUUACAUCGCUACAAAACCAGCAUUUGUACAAAAGCGACGAUAUUUGUGUUCGCGUGCUUUCUCCUGACAUUCAUUCCGCCGAUAUUGGUAGCAUACAGGAGUCAGGGUUUCUGGCAGAGAGAGGCGACGUACAGAGAGCAGCCCGAUGUGAGUUUUAAACACCAGGUCCUGCUGCUGCUGCAGACCUCUCAGACUGGAGACUACCUGGUGUGGAGCACCUAUCAGAACUUCAACCAACUGCAGCAGGGCAGGGUCAGGGUGCCACUCGUCAAGUCCAGGGAGGAAGACUCUAACAGGGAUGGGAAGUCUGAUGCCCUACAGAUGACAAUACAGGUUCCCUUGUUGGACACAGAGGAAGUCUACAGUGUCGACCUUCUGCUGUUCUUUCAGUACAGACUUUACAUUUUCUCCACCUUCACCAUGGAGUGUAUGGCAUACCUCCACCACACUUCCCCCCUCCCCGGAGCUGACCUGACUGUGGCAGGGGACCUGAGGUUACACCAGAAGUACCCGCUGGCACACACAGGCAGGGACACCAGGUUUAACACCUCCAUCAUAGACAGUACCAGCAUAUUUCCAACUGCAUACGAUCUGAGAACAAUCUUUGAGUCCUACAGUGGUAGGAAUGUUUCUACCAACUUCCUGACAUACUACCCAGUAUGGAGGACAGGGAGAGCAACUGGCCAGCCUUUUGUCAUCUCAGCCACUGUCAGAUACCCAGAGGAAACCAUACUAUACAGACCAGGGUUCUGGCAGCUCAUCAAGUGGGGCUGGGUGCAGUACAUCUCCAUUUUGUUGGUCUUCUUGUUUGUCUUUGACAGAAUCAAGACUUUUGUAUUUGAGAAUCAGAUCUUGAACACCGUAGUGGACAGCCCAACCAAAAAGUUCAAGCAAGGUUGAAGAAGAAUCAAGUUACCAUAGCACAUUGUACAUUACAAUACAAACAUCAACAGUACUAAAAACCAUUACAAAUAGACCCAAUUGCUUGAAAUUGUGAUAUUGUUGCUUGAUGUUGUCUUUGUGUAGCUUUAUAAAGAAAAAUUAUAGACAGCAUUCUCAGUGAGUGUGAAUUUGUUCUGAAUUAUGCUCUGAAAGGUCACUUUUAAUUCAAUCAUUUAUCCUGGUUUGUUGAAUACCUUAUCAGAUGUUGUGUGUAUAUAUAGUAGUCAUUCCUAUGCAGUGAACAAGCAAAUGUGUAAAUAUCAAUGACAUAGUCUGUUCUUUUAGUGUACAAUCUUAGCAUUAUGUGUACUGUUCUAUAGCAGAACAUGACAUUUCUGUAUGCUUCUUGUUUAACCAUCAUGAAAGAAUUCUCAAGUUCUGUAAAUUUUACUAAACUAAGAGGGGGUUGUAUAUUUUCUAUGAAAUGUUUUCUACAUUACUUUGACAAGAAUAAAUCUGUUGUGUCAUUUU